CUCUCCUCUCCGUUUUCCACUCUACCCAUCAACCAACAACAGACACACAUGCUCUCUCUCUCUCUCUUGAUUUUUCUCUAAAUAUUCAUAUUCAUAUCCAUAGUCAUAUUCUUAUUCUAAAGCAAACCCCACAACCAUCACAGUCAUCAUCACUCUUACCACCCCAUGAAGCGUCCUCCCUUUUCUCCUUUUUCUUUCUCUAAUACUACAAAUUAACAAUAUUUAUCAUUUACCUAUAUAGCUCUAUCUUAUCUCCAUCAAACCAGUUCAAGGAGAACAAAUUAAGCUCCAGUGCUAGCUAGCCUAUCAUCAGAGUAUCAAACACAAUGAGGAAGCCGGAUCUAAUGGCCAGAGAUAGAGUACCAGUCAAUAAUAAUAUGAACAGGGCCAAACUUAGAAAGGGCUUAUGGUCACCAGAGGAAGAUGAGAAGCUCAUCAAGUAUAUGUUAACUAAUGGACAGGGGUGUUGGAGUGAAAUUGCUAGGAAUGCUGGUUUGCAUAGGUGUGGCAAGAGUUGCCGACUGCGUUGGAUUAACUAUUUGAGACCUGACCUCAAGCGCGGCGCAUUUUCUCCUCAAGAAGAAGAGCUUAUCAUUCAUUUACACUCCAUUCUUGGCAAUAGGUGGUCUCAAAUUGCGGCGCGUCUUCCAGGAAGGACAGACAACGAAAUAAAGAAUUUUUGGAAUUCCACAUUAAAGAAAAGAUUCAAGAUCGACAGCAAUUCCACAUCCUCACCAAACGAUAGUACUGAUUCAUCAGAACCUAGAGAUCAUGUCGUAGGAAAUAUCAUGCCCCUGCAUGAUCAUGACGUUAUGACUCUAUGCAAGGACUCAUCUUCCUCACCAUCCAUAUCCAUGCAUGGUGUGGUCACAGGCAACCAAUUUGAUCCUUUCACCGUGCUCAGUAACCGCUAUGAUGUGAGGGGCGCAGCAAGUUUAUUUGACAUGUCCCCAUGCUUAACACAGGUAGGUAUGGGAGAUGGAUUUUAUGGCGAUCAUUACGGGAUUUUGGAGGGUAAUAAUAAAAUAGGGCUAGAAAGUGAUCUUUCUCUUCCGCCACUUGAGAGUAGAAGCAUUGAAGAGAAUAAUGCAGUGAGUAAUAACAGAAUUGGCGUGAAAAGCAGCAGCAACGACAACCACCACUUUGAUAGUACUUGCUUCAAUAAUACUGAUCAGACAUUUAAAGUAGAGGACAUGUUGGGGCUUGAAAAUCAUUGGCAAGGAGAAAACGUGCGAAUGGGAGAAUGGGAUCUGGAGGGUUUAAUGGAAAACAUAUCUUCCUUUCCUUUCCUUGAUUUCCAAGCUUUAUAACAGCCUACCUUACCCCCCCCCC